AUGGUGAGUCCUUUUUUCCUCUUCAAUUUCGCCUAAGUUUCAGCCUUUAGUUCAAGAUUUACUAAGACAUUAUUACUGUAACACUUUAAGCUUAGCUUUUGACUUUGUUUUGAUUUACAUGUUUGGUUUUGUAGUCGAAGGCCGCCAAGAAGAAGUCGUCCAAGAAGCGCUCCGGAUCGGAGGCCGCUCAGUUCGACCAGAAGACCAUCCAGGAGUUCAAGGAAGCCUUCGGCAUCAUGGACCAGAACAAGGACGGUAUCAUCGAUAAGGUAGAAUUUUCGCGAGAAAAAGCAUUUAUUGUUUGAUUUCCAGGGAGACCUGAAGGAUCUGUACGCCUCCAUGGGACAGAUCGCCUCGGACAAGCAGAUCGAAGACAUGAUCAAGGAAGCUCCCGGACCAAUCAACUUCACCGUCUUCCUCACCCUCUUCGGAGAGCGAUUGACAGGUUUGUCAUGUUUCCGAACCCAAUUUGAAUUUCGGUUUUGCUCAGGAACUGAUCCGGAAGCGACCAUCGUCGGCGCGUUCGCCAUGUUCGACAAGAAGGACUGUGGCAAGAUCAAGGAAGAAGACCUCGUCAAGAUUCUGCAGAACAGACGUGGAGAGCCCCUCGACGAGGACGAACUCAAGGCUAUGUACAAGGUACACUUAUCCACCCCCUUUUCCCACUUUUAUCAAUUUUUUUGCAGGGCAAGCCUCCAAUUGAGAACGGCGAGGUCGACUACAAGGCCUUCGCUCACCUCAUCACCACCGGAGCCCAGGAGGAGCUCGCCAGCGCCUGA